GCGCGUCUAUGAGGGCAACUUUUUGUUUGUAAAAAUGCUAUUCGGACAAAAUAUGUUUUCUUAAUAAGGAUGAUAAGAACAACAUUUUGUUCAACCAAUCAUUACAAAACUUCUGCGGUUUAUCUGAGAUCAUCUUUCUUCAACUCAAGGAAUCACAACUAGUUCAAGGAAGAAGUAGACAAUUAUUAGGUACAACGAAUUAUGAAGCAGCUCAUUUAACGACACUAGAAUUAGCUCCCAACUGUCUUUAUGCAACCCUAACAGAUUAGACUCCUGUAAGUUAUCUGUUCCUAUACAUAGGAGCGAUUAAUUACAAAAGAUUAUGAUUGUAUUUCUCAGAGGAAAUGGAGUUUGAUAAGAUUUAGGGAACAUGUACAUUUAUGCCCUUCACUUUUAUGCAGCAUAUUGGAUCGUUUUCACACUUAGAGAAGAAUUCUUUGCUAGUCAGUUCGUCUUUGUGAGUUGUGACAGUAUUUAAGGCUUUAAGCGUUAGAUUCUUUUCUUUUAUGGUGCCUUUGCUUUCUGGAAAAGAACAAUUGAAGUCAAUAAUUCAUAAUUGAGUCAAUUUUCAAAAAGGUUGUUAUCACUGUUGAUGUUGUAUUUGAAUUUCAACACAUACAGUGUGCUAAAUUGGCUAUCUGAGUCUCUGUUCAGACUGUAAUGUCAUCAGAAAGGAGUAUAAUUGAUAAAGGGUCGUGGGAUGGGAGCAUUUCAUCUAGAGAGUUCUACGUUGCUGCUUGUGCAUUUAGUGAGCAAUGGAAGAAGUUUAACUCUGCUUUUCCUCAAUGGUCAUGGUGCAGAUGUCCAAAGCUUCUUGGGGCUCCUUCCACUGGAGUAUUGCCCUACACCCAUAGUUUGCUUGCUUUUUUUGGUGAACGCUAUCAAAGUAGACGGUUAUCUCUGCGUGGAUGGUGUAGUUCCACCUCCUGCGUCUACUAUGGAAGAUAAUCAUGAAUAUGACGAUGGUAUAAUAAAAGAGACAGGUUGCUUGGAGGAAGAUGACAUUAUUGAUAGUGCUGCAUUGGUUCAACCUCAGAGAUGUGAAAGGUGCCGCUACGACUUCCACAUUGUAUACAGCUUAUCUUAUAGGGUUCCUGUGCUAUACUUCCGUGCAUAUUGGAGUGAUGGACAACCUUUGGCAUUGCAAGAGCUGGAAAAGAACAUCCCUGAAAGCACAAGGCAGGAACUGACAGUACACAAAUGGACCUUUAUAACACAAGAGGUUACUAGAGUUCAGUUAUGUACCUCCAAUUGUAUUUACAUCCUAUAGUUUUAACCAAGCAUUUAUCCUACAUCACAUACCUGUAGGAGCACCCAUACCUGAAUCAGCCUUGGUUCACACUACAUCCAUGUGGGACCAGUGAGUGGAUGAAGCUUCUUUUUACUAGGGACACAUCUACAUUGGCACUUGGUGGAGUGGCUGUUCAUAGAUAUAUGGUCUCUUGGUUCUCCUUUAUUGCAACAGUUUUUGGUCUCAAACUUCCCUUUGGAAUGUUUGGGAGUAGUGAUUCUCAUACUCUAGCCUCUAGCUAAGCAGCAUGUCAAUACAUACACAUUAGUUAUUUUGAAAUUUUUUCACUUUUGGUUCUCUAUCUACUGUGCUAGUGGCACCUUCGAUAUUCAUCUUUUAACGUUUUCACCUUUUGUUCUUUGACUAUUGUGCCGUACACACUUUUGGUACUCAAUUAAAAAAAAUCACUUUUACUUAUCUG